GGAAGGGAGGGGAAGAAAGUUUAGGUAGUGACCGACCACUGCGGAAAGUUUGAGUCUCUUAUUGUCUGUCUGUCAGCAAGGCGAGAUGCUGGCGCGCUGCAUCUUAUGGGGGUUGCCGCGCCGCGUGCCAGUCGCGUGGCGAGUCUGCCACCAACACCGACAGCCCGCGACUUACCCUCAGCCCGUCUCGCGUCAGGUUCCCACCCCCUCCACUACCAUCACGACGACUGCACUACCGUCUACACCACAGCUUUAGCCGUUACCACCACCACCACCAACCUACCUACCAACCUACCCACCUACCCACGACUGAUGCUGCUGUCGAUACGCACGGAAAGGGGCAGACAACUUCGGCCGUAUCUCUUCACUCAAGCGUGAAGCUGGACUUGUUUAUUUUUUAUUCCGAGUGUUGGCUGAGUAAAAAUUCAACUUCCGGUAUCAAGGAUUACAGGGAGGUGUUGGACUUGUUAUCGAGCCUGUGUCAGUCUGCAAGAUGGUACAUUUCUGUGGAGAGGGAACCAGAGUCUUUGACCGAGAGCAAAAAGUUGCGUCACAGACAGGACUGAUGGCGGGGGACCCACCCACGGCUGGCAGCAACAGAUCACCCCCCAGACUGUGCAUCAUUAAGAGUGAUUAAUUAAGUCGCUGCCAACUUCCCCUCUCAGCUUUUCUUCAUCUGUGUAUCCCAGUGUACGAGCUUGACAGACUCGUCGCCUCUGACUGCUGACAAAAGUGUCUGGAGCUCCGGAGUCUUGUGGUGGAGUACUCAUCUUCUUGUUGUGUCUUGUCGACUGUGAUUAACACUUACUGCGCCCUAAACACUGUCCCGCCCUCGACAGCUGGAUGUCUUCUGUGUGCUGCUUCCUGGAGCUGUGCUUGUUUAACACAGUUUUUAAACCCGGAUAUUUGCUUUUAUUUUGUUUUCUUCUUCCUGGAAAGUGAUCAUUGUGAUAUUUAAUCCAGUCUCUUUCACGGAGUACUCCAAACCUUCUAGAACCGAAUCCAAACAUCACACGUGAUCUUGUUUCCGCCAUCAAAGUUCAAGAAAGGAACCUGAGGUGUCUACGAAAUUUUUAUGAGAGGUCGAAGAGAUUCAAAAAGUGUGCAAUUAGUAUCGAGUCAGUCAUCUGCUCCCCGCGAAUAUGUCUGUCGGAGAACAACUCCGCUAAAUUCUUGACCCCUCCACAUGACCUCGCGGAGCACGUGCCGACGUUUGACACGUGACAUCGUCGACCCUCGUCAGGUUCCUAUGUCGGAACAGACGACAGCUGAUUGGUGAGGCCGAUGGCAACAAUGCCUGUUAUCGUUGAUAUCUUUGUUAUUAUUAAUUCCACAGCAACUAGCGAACACUUGGUGUAGAGAUGAUAAACACAGAUCCAUAAAUUAAAAAAUUACUGUCAAAAUUUGUCACCAAACCUAAAACGGAGAGAACAGGAAAUUGAGACAGCGUCAGAACAACAUGUGGAAGAUUGGGAUCACCCAUCACACGACUGGUAUCAGAAUAAGAUUUGUUUCACAUUCACACAACCACGAUACCAGAUUAAACAUCACCUGCGACAAGGUGAGUGACAGAAAGGUUGACAAUCAGUUUUCAGCAGAAUGUUGUGAGAGAGAUAUCACGAAUAAGCGGAAGGCAAACAUAAAGGACGGAGAGAUAAGCAAACAGGUCUGUAGUGAAAUUCACGGGGAAAAAAAAAAGAAAAAAAAGUGAAAGACAAUAACAAUGCUUGGCAUCUCCCAAUAGCCGUUGAGCCCCUGCCUCCGUUAUGUGAGAGGAUGCAAUCGAUACAAACACUUGGGAGAGAGCAAUAUCUCAUGUAACUGUUUUUACCACCACCAUGCCAGUCGUGGGCACUUGACGCUGGCUCCAGUCAUCGUAAUCUCAAAACUUUUUCUCGUCGAGAAUCUCUUGAAGAGGAAACAGGAGAUAAAAACACUAACGAUACUCUAGACGGCGAAUAUUACAAAUGAUGAACGAGGUAUUGUUCUCCAGUCUCAUAGGUACAUGCCUAAAAAUAAAUAAAUAAAAUAAUUGUAGUCAUGGAGAGGAACAUCGAGGCGGUAUUGUCGAGCAGCAAAGUGAGUUGGGAUCAGUGACAACAAAUUAAAUAAACACUCAUUAGAGAUGAGAGCGGCAUAAGAAGUGGAGAGGCGGCAUUGCACGUGGAGUGUGUCACGUGCUGCCAAUGGCGGCUCUUGGAGUGUCAUCUGAAUCCUACUGCCCACUCAGGUUAUAUUCAACCACACUGUGUGAUGGUCAUUCACUCAUCCUGACCUAAAAGUGUAUUUGUUUUCUCACCCGACCGUCAGGCAGGAAGAUCAUCAAGGAUCAAACAUAAUCAAGGCCUACCUCAGGGACAUCGGACGGCCACCCGAGUAUAAUCGUCUGUAAUUGUGUUUGCGGGAUCUUCUCAUCUUUACCGCAUAUUUUUUUUUUAGGAGAAGAGGGGUGUGUUCAUACCUUCCUGGAAUCUCGAUAGUUUUUACCUCUGUGUAGCCGACCACCCCACCCGACCUACAGAGAAAAAAAGAUGGUUGAAGAGAAAUUGCUUUGUUAUAUCUAAAAGUGAAAUCGGUCGGUUUUUGUCAUUGGCAAACAUUGCUUGAGACAAAUUUAAUUAACCUUAAUGUACCCAAUUCUGAAGUUGUUUUUGAACGACAAUUAAUUUUUUUUUUGAAAAGUAGUGCUAUCCCGUUAAUAUUCUUCCUGAAUGUUUCUUCUGUCCUCCACACUUCUAGUUUGUUUUAUUGACAGUUGUAAUAUCACACUCUGCUAGCUGAUUAGUUGUUUACAUUUCUCUCUAGUUUUUUUAUAUAAAUAUCGUUAGAAAAGUCUUCACAGGUUGUACGAUGCCAUUUCGUACGAGUUUUAGUGUACAGAGUACUGUCUCUGAUUUGUGCCUUGUGAGAUAUCUAGUUUAUUGUCUUGAAGAGUUUGAUGACUACAGUGCAUGUAGAGACAAUUAUCAGUCUGUCAGUGAGUUUGUUAGCGAUUGUAGCUAGUGUGUAUCUAUCUACUAGCUGCCUACCUGUACUGUCUCAACAAGAUACACACUGGCUGGCUUUGACAUCUUAGACCAUGAGGACAAACAGCUUUUGAGAACCCGGCCAGUGAAGACACACAUGUUUGUGAAAAAAACUUUAAAAAUUCAAAACAACUCGUGUGUUCCAGAAAUCUGAAGAUAUUUGCUGAAAUGUUCCCUGACCUACAUCAUAAGAUUGCACAACCAGGUCGUCGCAGUGCAUCUUCUACGGGGAUGUUAUAAAGCUCGAUAAAGCUCGGCGGUAAAAAACUUUAAAGAGUUUCAAGUCAUUACCUGCUGCUAUAUGAGUACACCCUGAACUACUUUUAGUUAACGACUCAUCAGGACCUUUUGAUUACCGAAAUUAAUCCACUCUCCCCACUCAUUAACCUUAUCAAUUGCUCACUCUUGAAGAAAACCAAUGAGGACUACCAAGGGCAGUAUCAAGGCACCAGUAAAUGUAUCUGAACCUUUGUAGUGUAGAACCUGUUCUAAAACUGAAAGCUAUUUCCCAGAACAAUGCUGGGGAAAGAAUGUAUAGUGCUCUGAAGAAAUCGCUGCUGUCUUCCUCACAGAACCUUACAGGAAACGUCCACAUGGACUCAAAGUAGGUUUCUAGGUUUCUCUAAAAGCUCAAUAAAAUCAUUUGAGAGAGAGAGACACUCACACACUCUCCCUUUCUCGCACAAACUUUGUAAAAACAUAAUCGUUUAAUUUUCUACGCUGCCUAAGACAUUCUUCCAUCAUUCUUACAACCUAGAAGUUCAAAAAUUAAAACAAAUCCCUCGAUACUUUAAAGAUUAGGAGGAGUUGCUUGCUGCGUAUACCGGUGUAGGAGUUGGGCUGGAGAAGGUGGAGGAGCUGCUGGUCACAGAGUUCACCGGCGCGCUCUUCUGCCAGCGCUCUGCGGCCAAGUGUGCACAAGAAGUGGGGACCGUGAGAUCGAUACGCACAGAAGGACACGACCCCCCCUACUACCUCCAUCCUUCCUUUCUCUCCGCCCACCCUCCCCACUUACUUCCAGCGGUGAGCAGCGCGUGGAAGAGACUUAAAGGACGCCGCGUCGGCAGGUGUUCUUGUGUUUCCAGAGCUUAUCGCCAGAACGCAGCCAACCAUUUCGUCUGCCACGUCAUCCUUCUCCCUCCUCCUCCUCCUCCUCCUCUCCCUCUCAGUCAUCGGGGUGUUCCUGGCGAGCCUGCCGUUCCUUCCGGAUCAACGUGCUGAGAUCGUUGGGCGCACAAGUUUACCAUUUAUUUUUUUUGAAAAAAUAUUUUUUCCUCUUCCUCUUGGUGAGGCGUGCUUGUCAGCUUCAAUCAUCGAAGUCGGCCAUUACGGCCAAGAGUCUUGCAAACAGGUUAAGAGUAAUUGUGAUUGAGGGCGUCCUCGGCUUGAUGGUGUCGUCUGCGCGGAAACUAGGCUAAGUGAGAGUUUGUGAGUUGCUGCGAGUGGCUCCAUCUCGUCGUCACCCACGCCAAGGACCGACAAUUCUGAGAACUACUCGAGCGAAGCAUCUGUGCCGUGUGAAAUCUUCUUCAGUUCACACCUUGAGUGAUGCGGUCUUCGCCAUUUGCCAGCCAUUUGAUACAUAUUCCUUACAUGUGGAACACUUUUUUAAUCUGCUUUUAAAAGGUGAGAACAUUCGUGGAUAAUAUUCUUUGGGAUGACUGAGUUAUGAUAUUACAGUAUCAACAUCCUACUGAGCCUCGACAUAAAGAAACCUGUGCAGGUGAGAAACUGAGAAAUAACCUACACGACGACUAGAAUAAACUGAGCAAUAUUCUUUAAUGGGAAAACAUCAAAAGAAAUGUUACCUGACGUUGAAGCAAGAAACAUUGAAGGCCAAAGAGGGCAACGUGGUAAUGUAAGUAUUUACUUCAUUUUUGUCAUAAAUUAUCGACACGUGCAUUUUGGCUCAGAAAACGACAAGACUGCACGUGUUCUUUACAAAAAGUAUUGCUCCCACAGAUUGUUUCUAGACUUUGAAGUAUGAAGUUCUUUUCUGGAUGUGUGCGUCUUAAGAAAUAUCACACAGAGGAUAAGUUUUUCGAGUUCACUUUUUUAGGAGACAACGAUUGGUUUUUGCCCAAGCGAGCCACCUUUUAGUUUUCGAGUUCAAAGACAAAUGGCAUUGACACUAAGGAACCUGACAUGGAGCCUCUUUGAAGUUCUCUUCACCUUUGCGAAAUAAUAGACAUCGAAUCUUUUGUUUUCCACUUCUUCCACCAUGAUGAGUAGUCGAGGACAUUCUUUGUCUGAAAUGUAGAAAGCGUUAGUGUUGACACACAAAAACUAUUUAAAGAGUAGGCGGACAAGGAUAAAACAUUUUUGUAGGUGGUAGAUCCUUCGCUCUACUGGCGGAAAAAUUCCUCUUAACAGCACGGAGGCCAAAGGUGGGCGGCUGUCUGGAACACCUUCUGUCAACUUAACGGGAAUUUCCCGGAAAUUUACUCACCACGCGCGAGUAGCGAGCGAGCGAAAAGCCGUUAAGAGAGAGAGUGUUCUCCUCUUGACGUGAGUCUCAAGUCUUUUGUGUCUUGUGGAUCCUUUGUACUGCCUGUGGAUCGUCGUGCGCCUAUGUGGAUCCUUCCUGGAGCGCAAGUGCGCCAUCGCCGUGGGCUGCAAGUGCUCGUGUCGCACGUGCAAAAUGACGAGCCGCCACUGGCGUCGACUCUCCACCUUCUUCCUUCUGGGGCUGGUCCUGCUGCAGUGCGCGCGCUGCCUGACGGAAAUUAUCACGCUGGGCGUCCUGUUUGGCGAGGGCGAGGAGCACGAGAGCAUCGAGAACGCCUUCCGUUACGCCGUCUACCGCAUCAACCACGACAAGGACCUGCUGAAGGACGUCCGUCUGGCCUACGACUUCCAGCACGUCCCCAGCAACGAUAGCUUCCUGGCUUCCAGGAAAGUGUGCAGUCAGGUAGAGAAGAACCCUGUGGCAAUAUUCGGGCCUCGUUCUGAAACUAUCGCAGCUUACGUCAACUCCAUGUGCACCUCGCUUCAGAUCCCGCACCUGGAAAUGAGGCUGGACGCCAGUGAGGUCAUGGCCACUCAGGCCAUGUCCGUGAACCUUCACCCAAGCCCCACGGAGCUGGGAAAGGCUCUGACAGACCUGAUCGCGUACUAUGGCUGGGAUCAGAUCCUCAUUGUCUACGAGAGAAGGACAGACCUUUCUAAGGUUCAGAGCGUCAUCAGAGGCGACUUUCAUCAGAAGAUAGACACUUUCGUGCGGCAGGUGGACAUCAGGAACAUGCGCAGUGUCCUUAAAGAAGCCAAGAUGAACAAAUGGAAACGAAUUCUGGUGGAUCUCCCGGUCGACGCAACCAGUCUUUUUCUGAAAAUGGCUCUUCAGGAAGGCAUGAUUGAUCCAUAUCACCAUUAUAUUCUUACCAACCUGGAUAUCGAGUGUUUUGACAUGGAAGACUUCCGUCACAACUACGUGAAUCUUACGGGGUUUCGCGUCGUUGAUCCCGAGGAUAAAAGAACGGAGGCCAUCAUGAGAGACAUGGGGAUAUACGAGCUUCAGACAGAUCUGCAGCUUAUUAAUACAACGGGCUGCUCAUUUUUACGACACGAGGUGGCGCUGAUGUAUGACGCGGUGUAUCUUCUCGCCCAAGCGCUCGAGCGUUACGAACAACAUGUCGUCUUACAUCCGGUCAACACGAGUUGUGACGACCCUGUGCAGUGGCCCUCGGGCCGUUCUCUCUAUACAUAUCUCAACCAGAUGACCAUCAAAGGGUUAUCUGGUGAUGUGCGACAAGAUGGAAGACGGUUUGAUCUAAAAUUAGAUGUCCUUCAGCUCAAGACAAAAGGGCUUGUCAAGGCUGGCACUUGGCAGUACCUCACUGGUCUCAACAUGAGUCGAGCUGAAAAAAGUCAAGGUUCUCCUUUUGGUAACAAAACUCUGAUUGUUACCACUGUCAAGCCAGAUGUACAUCCUCGUCUUAUUGUGACGUCGUUGAUGGAAGCGCCCUUCCUGAUGUCCACUCAGGCACCAAAUGCAAAAGAAAAAUACGAAGGAUUCAUCAUCGACCUUCUCAAUGAUUUGUCCGCCAUGGUGGACUUCCUGUAUGACAUUGUCUUGGUGCCAGACAACAACUAUGGGGCAAAGAAUGACAGCAGUGGAGAGUGGAACGGAAUGGUUCGGGAGGUGAUGGAGGGGAGAGCUGACCUGGCAGUAGCUCCUCUAACCAUCAACUACGUGAGGGAAGAAGUUAUCGACUUCACGAAACCAUUCCUCAAUCUCGGCAUCUCCAUCUUGUUCAAGGUUCCUGACCGCGAGAAACCAGGCCUCUUCUCUUUCCUCAAUCCCCUGGCGGCCGAAAUAUGGUUGUACCUGAUAGGAGCCUACCUGCUGGUCAGCUUCACAAUAUUUGUCUUGGCCAGGUUUAGUCCCUACGAGUGGUACAACCCGCAUCCCUGCAACCCGGACACGGAUGAGGUGGAGAACACCUUCAACCUGGCCAACAGCUUCUGGUUCACUGUAGGUCUCAUGCAGCAAGGGUCGGAUGUCAACCCCAGGGCCGUGUCCACUCGCAUCGUAGGGGGCAUAUGGUGGUUCUUUACAUUAAUUAUUAUCUCGUCAUACACGGCCAACUUAGCUGCUUUCCUCACCGUCGAGAGGAUGGUGUCACCCAUCGAGAGCGUGGAAGACCUGGCAAAGCAGACGGCCAUCUCCUACGGCACGAGGAAAAGCGGGUCAACCUUUUCGUUUUUUAAAGAUUCCAAGAUCGACACCUACAAAAAAAUGUAUGCCUACAUGAAGGAGCACCCGGAGGCCAUGAUGGAGACCUACGAGGAGGGUAUCAAGCGGGUACUGAAGGGUAACUACGCCUUUUUCAUGGAGAACACAAUGAUUGAGUACCAGGUGCAAAGAGAAUGCAAACUCAUGCAGAUCGGCGGCCUCCUGGACUCCAAGGGCUACGGCAUCGGAACUCCAAUGAACUCGCCUUACCGCGACCGGCUGUCCAUGGCCAUCCUGGAGCUGCAAGAAAACGGAAGGAUUCAGAUGCUGUACAACAAAUGGUGGAAGGACACCGGCACAUGCGUUCGUGAUGACGACAACAAGGGGUCAAAGGCCAACGCCCUCGGAGUGCAAAACGUGGGCGGCAUCUUCGUCGUCCUCAUGGGCGGCCUCACCUUGGCUGUCAUCGUCGCCAUCUGCGAGUUCGUGUGGAAGUCGAGGAAAAAUGCGAGAGAGGACCGGGUACACAUGUCAACAAAGAAGGUAGGAAGAGGAAAUGGGCACCAUCCUCAGCGCUCCCUCUGUUCCGAGAUGGCCCAGGAACUGAGGUUCGCUGUCAAGUGCGUGGGUUCAUCGCGGAAGCCAAAGUUCAAACGGCGCUGUUCCAAGUGCAAAAAGGGCAAAGACUGUGACGACGCGUCACAUGUGUGUGACGUGCCCUUAACGGACUCGGCCAACGGGAUCAUCCAGCUGCGGGACGUGCGACGGUCCCCGGGGCCCUCGACGGCCAACAGACGCUACAACAGUGACUUCUCACGACCCAAGGACUACUCAGGGGAGUACCUCCACGUGGACUACAGUGACGGGGAGGUGUGAAGUGGUAGGUGACAGACUCACACUGGGGUCAUCAUGAGGUCGCUCGUGUCGCCAGGAGACAGACCUACACUGUAACUGCACACUAAUGCAAAGUGGAGAGUUCAAAAGGUCAUAUUCUCAAACAAUCUGAGAUUUUUCAUCAAUGCCUGAGAACAGUGUUCAGCGACAUUAAACCCUCGCAUUGUGAACCAGACAUGCAAACCAAAAAAUAUAUUUGGUGGGUCAUCGUUUGGUUUCGUUUUUAACAAAAUUCCCUUUGUGGCUUCUGGCAGGUUUGUGGUGAGAUGGGUAGGUAAAUACAACACAGCCAGCCGGGUACGCCUCUGUGAUAACACGUGCAACUCACUACAAUUAACUUUAAAAAAUCUGUUUUUCCUGAACCCUCGAUCACGACAGAUCAGCCGUCUAUUACAAAUGGUAAUAAGGCUGUGUAAUCUGAUUACAAAUCAAGGUAUUAUCCUAAUGUAUAUUUUGAGAUUUGUUAUAAGAAUCGUACUUUUGGUCAGGUGUGACGAAUUUCUUGCAAAAUCUGUAAUUUAUGCAGGUACAGUCUGUUUUUUAGAACUUCUAACAGGACAUUACCUUGGGAAGACCAUGGACAGCUCAGACUAUCUUACAAGAGUACUGUUCAUUCUUUGCUUACAGACUCUGCAAACAAACAAAUGCCUGGAAAAUUUAUUCCAGAAAAAAUCAAAUUCUGGAUUAAAUCGACGAUAGUUGUCGACAGUUGGCGGAACUGAUGCUCGAAGACGAUUCAUUUUUCUUUUGCGUGCUGUUCUGUUUUUCCUUGAUAUCGAAACCCAGACCUCGACUGGGUAGUUGCAUCAAUUCGUAGACAGAGAUUCCGGUUUGAAUGGCAGCGUAUGAGAUGAAAAUGUUUGAAGGUUUGUGCUGUUCUGGGUGUGAUAUGUUUUUAUUCCAAGUGUUGUUAGCCAACAGAUAUCUCUGACUGUGGCCUGCACACCUGUCUGAUGGACAGACUUCUUAGCAAAACUCUGGCGCUAAACUUUUCUGUCACAUUUUGCUUUGUAAGUAAGCAUUUUUUCUCCUCUAUAAAAAAAGAUCACAUAAUUUCAUGAAUUAGCAAUAUAUCAGAAAAUCAGUUUUUACUAUUCUAGUCUACUAGUUAUCCUACUUCACCGACUUUCGCCGGAUCCAUUUUUUUGUCGCAGCUCAGCAGCCAAUCCGAUUUUCAUGAUUCGUCUUCAAAAACUAAUUAAAUUUUGCUAAUCAGCGGAAACCCUGCUCCAGUGCCUUAGCUGCUGUAUGGCUUUGCUUUAAACGAGGUUCAGAUGCAUCGCCAUCAAGUUAAGGGAACAUCAGACGGUACGACUGCAUCCCAGUAAAGUUAAGUAAAGCAACUAUUACACUACUUGACUCAGUUAAUUUGAAAAAAAUACAACGGUUUGUAGUAAAAGUCUUUAAUUGCAACGGAUACUUUUUUAAUAUUGACUUUUUGGAAAUAUUCCGAAUGGUCGGACUAGGUGGUCCCCGAGUUUCAUUAAGUCGAGUUGUGUGAAGCUAGCUUUACUUUGUCAGUAACAAUCUUCAACAAAUAAUGUCUAUAUUCAAAGCUUUAUCUUAAAAUAUUACAUCUUUAUCAGAAAAAAUUGAUAUUACUGCUCCAGUUCUGAAGAGCGAUCGUUUGUUUUUCCCGCAGUUUAUUUUUUUUUUUCUCUAUUUACAUUUCAGUUUUGCUCUUUAAAAGUUUCUUGUUGAAGAUGGUGGAAAGUAUUUGGCCUCUCGCGAGUCCUGCUAUCCUUCCCUAGUUUUAUUAUUCUUCAAUCAACUACGAUAAGAAAUCAUCAAAAGAAUUAGUCUCAUCAGCUGUCAGAUCAUCAAGAUGGUCAAUCGUAGUCCCAUUGAGAUCGCCCAUUGAAACAGCUUCCGAAACAGGUCACGUGGAUGCUGAGAUGAAGUAUGGAAGGAAAGUCACCAAACUACUGUGUGUGUGUGUGUGUGUUCGUGUGUGCGUAGGUGUGUGUGUGUGUGUGCGUGCGUGUGUGGGUGUGUGAGGGUGGGUGCUUCACACGUGUACCAAAUGUUAUUUGUGUUAAUUAAUCACAACUAUAAGAUUGUGGAGCGUCUUUCUAGCUUGACAUUGCGUAAACAAAUCCAUUUCUCUCACUUAAUUCUUCUUUUUUUUCCACUUUGAUUGCCUCUUGUAUCUUCCACAACUAUUUUAUUUUGUUCCAAUCGUAGCAGCACCAUGUGUCAUUUAACAGACUAAAUAUUGUUUUGCCGAUCCUCUCUUUCUGACCCAUGAUUUAUGUUCAUCUUUACAGGUAGUCAAAUCACAUUUUUUCUAAUUUUUUCAUCACAGCCAUGAUAAUCAUCAUCAGCGAUGUUCUAUCUGUUGCUGAUGAGGCUAGUCACACUGUUUGAAGUCGUUAAGCACUCGGCACCAAUGGACACUCAAUUCUGUUUCUCUAUAAAAUCCCAGUCGUCGUCUCCACACAUUUGUCGCUGAGUCGACCAUCAAUUUUUUUGACACUCACUCAAUGUUUUCAGUGUUUGAUGUUUCGACAGAUGAAAUUUCUCGUCGUAAAUUGUCUCCUUUUGUAGGUGUUAUUCGUUAUGUUUCUUUUAGUAUUCACGAACGACAACGCCGUUUAAAUGUUUCUCAACAAGCACGCUGUGACACGAGAAGACAAUAUUACCUCCUUUUCAUUUCAUCAUUCCUUUUUCUUUCAUCUUCUGUCACAUCGUUAAUUCGGAGUCCAGUCGGAGUCAUAGCAGUCAGGAAUAUUUGAAGAAAGGAGACGAAAGUGGCGAUAUCUUAAUUAUUCCAAAGUACAAGUGAGCAAUAUUGUUGAUGACAAGUGCAGCUUCGCACUAUGAAUCUCACAAGACCAGAAAAUAGAAAAAAAAAGUAGAAAGAGGUCUAAGAAAAAGCAAGAUAACUUUCGUUUGUUUUAAUCAAUUCUUUCCGAAAUUUCCUGGUUUCUUUCGAAAUGUUAGACUCCUGUUGUCUCGUGAAAGUGAGCCAAGAGAUAUUAAGAUAUUUAAAUUAAAGUUACCGAUUCUCCAAAAAUGGAGAAAAUGAUAAAUUAUCAUGAACAUGUUUGUUUCAUGAAGUUUUUCAGCAUUUUUUCGAUUAGGUAUACGUAGAAGAAGACAGUUGGCGGAAGUCUUGAAGGGGCAAUAACUCCUAAGGGAAGAGAUGAAGAGAGUGUUUAUGAAUCAUGUCCCAGGUCGCGGCAAGUGAAAACAUUGAAUGGACAUUCCUUGAAAAGAAAACUUGCGGGUGUUGGGAUUUUAUGGAAUGGGACACACACACAAACACAACAACAACAACAACAACAACAACAACAACAACAACAACACUAACACACGCACGCAACACACAUACAGAAACACGCGCGCACGAGUGUAUGUCAGUGAACAAAAGAAAAGAGAAAAAUAUAACAGUAUUAAAGGAUUAGGGUCGGAAUGAACGAGAAAAAGCUUUGUCUGUAGGUUCUGUAAUUUAUUUAAACAUUUUUUUCUUUCAUCUAUUGCCUUCUUCCGAAAGUUAUUCUUUCUGUUGAUGUCCGUUGGAAAUCGAUGAUGAUUUUGAAGAAUAAAACUCAUCUAGCAGCUCCACACAUUUCGCCUUGAGCAGACAUUUCCUGCCAAUUUUAUUUUCUGCACUGGAAUGGCCCUGUCAGACCCUGCAGUUGCCUGUGGCCCGAGUGAAGCUGAUCCAAUACAAGACAUGUGCAGGUGCUUGAUGAGGCCAUGGCGACAGGAGUGUGCAGACCAUGCUAGGUGACACCGCUAGACACGUCAGAGAUGUGAACCACACUUCGAUGAACAAUGUUUGUGAUGAUGUGAGACUGAACUACUCUGUGGGUGACUCUGUAUGAACAUGAAUGUGUUUGUGAAUGCUCGUUGUUGACAUGAGAAUUCAGCUGUGCACUGCAAAUAAAAGUUGGA